AUGUUAUCAGGAAAGAGAAAACAAGGCCUUUCUGGCCUUCAGCGCCGGGUGAGACCUCGGAGAGAGGCGGAACCUGAAGUCGAUGAGCAUGUCAGCAGUGAGCCUGAGGAGAUGGACGAGGACGGCGAUGAGCUGAGCGAAGGCGAAGAAGAUGAGAUGGACCAGGACGAUGAAGACCAGGAGUCCGACGGAUCACCCCCACCAAAGAAGUCCAACAUCGACAUAUCAUCAGUCUCUUUCGGCGCCCUCGCCAAAGCCCAAGCCUCUAUGCCCGCGCCCAACAAACGGCGCAAGAAGGGCGCGGAACCGUCAGAUUCAGAGCCCGACUCGGAUUCUGGCCCGGAGGAAGUCGGCAGGAAACCCAAAUACGGUGUCAACCCCGCCAAGCGCACGAGCAAGCACGCGCCCAUGGAGCAGUCGAGCAAAAAACCUGUCUCGCGUCGUCGCGAGGUCAUUGCCGUGCCCAAGAUGGAGGUGCGCGACCCGAGGUUCGACCCGCUCAGUGGGCCAAUCGACGAAGCCAAGGCCCGCAAGGCGUACGCGUUCCUGGACGACUACCGCAAGGACGAGAUGCGAGAGCUGCGGGCGGAGAUCAAGAAGACCAAGGACGCCGACAAGAAGGAGGAGAUGAAGCGGCUGCUGCUGUCGAUGGAGUCCAAAAUAAAGACGCGCGAGCGCAAGCAGCGCGAGGCCGACGUCAUAUCGGAGCACAAGCGCAAGGAGAAGGAACUCGUGAAGCAGGGCAAGCAGCCGUUCUACCUCAAGAAGUCGGAGCAGAAGAAGAGGUUCCUGAUGGACCAGUUCGCCGGCAUGAAGAAGAAGCAGGUCGACCGGACGAUCGAGCGGAAGAGGAAGAAGGUUGUUGGCAGGGAGAGGAAGGAGCUCGACCAGCUGCAGAGGAGACCGAGGGAGUAA